AUGGAUGAGAAGGAGGUGGCUGCCAGGGAGGCCCUCCACCCCCCACCGGUCAUCACCUCCUCCUCUCCCUCCCAGAAGGAGGUGGCUGCCAGGGAGGCCCUCCACCCCCCACCGGUCAUCACCUCCUCCUCUCCCUCCCAGAAGGAGAAGGAGGUGGCUGCCAGGGAGGCCCUCCACCCCCCACCGGUCAUCAUCUCCUCCUCUCCCUCCCAGAAGGAGGUGACUGCCAGGGAGGUCCGCCACCCCCCACCGGUCAUCAUCUCCUCCUCUCCCUCCCAGAAGGAGGUGGCUGCCAGGGAGGCCCUCCACCCCCCACCGGUCAUCAUCUCCUCCUCUCCCUCCCAGAAGGAGGUGACUGCCAGGGAGGCCCUCCACCCCCCACCGGUCAUCACCUCCUCCUCUCCCUCCCAGAAGGAGGUGGCUGCCAGGGAGGCCCUCCACCCCCCACCGGUCAUCACCUCCUCCUCUCCCUCCCAGAAGGAGGUGGCUGCCAGGGAGGUCCGCCACCCCCCACCGGUCAUCACCUCCUCCUCUCCCUCCCAGAAGGAGAAGGAGGUGACUGCCAGGGAGGCCCUCCACCCCCCACCGGUCAUCACCUCCUCCUCUCCCUCCCAGAAGGAGGUGACUGCCAGGGAGGCACUCCACCCCCCACCGGUCAUCACCUCCUCCUCUCCCUCCCAGAAGGAGAAGGAGGUGACUGCCAGGGAGGCCCUCCACUCCCCCACCGGUCAUCACCUCCUCCUCUCCCUCCCAGAAGGAGGUGACUGCCAGGGAGGCCCUCCACUCCCCACCGGUCAUCAUCUCCUCCUCUCCCUCCCAGAAGGAGGUGACUGCCAGGGAGGCCCUCCACCCCCACCGGUCAUCACCUCCUCCUCUCCCUCCCAGAAGGAGGUGACUGCCAGGGAGGUCCUCCACCCCCCACCGGUCAUCAUCUCCUCCUCUCCCUCCCAGAAGGAGGUGACUGCCAGGGAGGCCCUCCACCCCCCACCGGUCAUCACCUCCUCCUCUCCCUCCCAGAAGGAGAAGGAGGUGACUGCCAGGGAGGCCCUCCACCCCCCACCGGUCAUCAUCUCCUCCUCUCCCUCCCAGAAGGAGGUGGCUGCCAGGGAGGCCCUCCACCCCCCACCGGUCAUCACCUCCUCCUCUCCCUCCCAGAAGGAGGUGGCUGCCAGGGAGGUCCUCCACCCCCCACCGGUCAUCAUCUCCUCCUCUCCCUCCCAGAAGGAGGUGACUGCCAGGGAGGCCCUCCACCCCCCACCGGUCAUCACCUCCUCCUCUACCUCCCAGAAGGAGGUGACUGCCAGGGAGGUCUGCCACCCCCCACCGGUCAUCACCUCCUCCUCUCCCUCCCAGAAGGAGGUGACUGCCAGGGAGGCCCUCCACCCCCCACCGGUCAUCAUCUCCUCCUCUCCCUCCCAGAAGGAGGUGACUGCCAGGGAGGCCCUCCACCCCCCACCGGUCAUCACCUCCUCCUCUACCUCCCAGAAGGAGGUGACUGCCAGGGAGGCCCUCCACCCCCCACCGGUCAUCACCUCCUCCUCUACCUCCCAGAAGGAGGUGACUGCCAGGGAGGCCCUCCACCCCCCACCGGUCAUCACCUCCUCCUCUCCCUCCCAGAAGGAGGUGACUGCCAGGGAGGUCCGCCACCCCCCACCGGUCAUCAUCUCCUCCUCUCCCUCCCAGAAGGAGGUGACUGCCAGGGAGGUCCGCCACCCCCCACCGGUCAUCAUCUCCUCCUCUCCCUCCCAAAAGGAGGUGACUGCCAGGGAGGCCCUCCACCCCCCACCGGUCAUCACCUCCUCCUCUACCUCCCAGAAGGAGGUGACUGCCAGGGAGAAGGAGGUGACUGCCAGGGAGGCCCGCCACCCCCCACCGGUCAUCAUCUCCUCCUCUCCCUCCCAGAAGGAGGUGACUGCCAGGGAGAAGGAGGUGACUGCCAGGGAGGUCCGCCACCCCCCACCGGUCAUCAUCUCCUCCUCUCCCUCCCAGAAGGAGGUGACUGCCAGGGAGGCCCUCCACCCCCCACCGGUCAUCAUCUCCUCCUCUACCUCCCAGAAGGAG